AUGGCGUACUUUGAGGGUAUUGACACCCCCAACAAGGGCGUCAACAUCCACGUUCGAGCCUUUGACGACACCACUAAGGCUGCUGCGUUGCAACUCAAGCCCAAGGCUCUCUUGUACACCAGCGUCCUGGUGUCGUUGCUGCAACCGUUCCAGAGCGGAUGGUCUACUUCACAAAUGAACCUGUCGCGGUACAACACAACGUCUGAGUGCGACGCUCGUCCGGUGACGAAAGGCACGUGCCUCAUGUUCCCUGGCCACUCGAAGUCCAGUGGACUUUCGCCAUACUUCAGCGACAAGUUCGGGCGUAAGAAGGUUCUGCUGUUCAAUUGCAUCUUCAUGAUCGCUGGAGGUCUCACUCAGGCGACUUUAUCCAGUAUUUGGGCAUUUGCUGCGGGGCGGUUCAUCGCCGGGUUGGCUUCCGGUACUGCAACGGGAACGAUUGGCGCGUAUGUGAACGAGUUGUCACCUCCCCACAUGCGCAACACUUUGGGUCUGGGGCUGCAGAUUUCGGUUACCAUCGGCAUCGUACUCCCGUCCAUUUACUUCUUCGUCGUCGCGGAAAGCAGCUAUGGAUACGGCUGGCGCUGCGUUCCCAACCGCCGAGAGGAAGCGCGCUUGGUGAUCGCCCGCCUGUACGGUGAACAGCAUGUCGGAACGGUGCUGUCGUGGCUGGCGGUGUCGAACAAAUUGGUCGAUUCGGAGGAGGGUAGGAUUGCUGGUGAACCGCCCACCAAGGAGUCGGUGUUUGCCCCUCGCUACCGCCUGCAACUCGCGGGUGCCAUCUUGCUUUCGUGCGCCCAACAGCUCUCGGGAAUCAACGCCGUGUUCUACUACUCCGGCUGCAUUUUCUCCGACGCGGGCGUUUCAGACUCACGCGUGGGCACGCUUAUCAUCGACUUCAUCAACGUUUGGCCGGCAAUUUUCACGGGUGUGCUCGCUGUCCGCUUCGGCAACCGCAACAUGAUCCUGUGGGGGUUGGCGGGCAUGGUCGUGAUGUCGAUCGGGAUGACGGUGGUUUUCAUCAUGGACGUGGCGGUUUUGGCCGUUGUAUUCACCGCUCUGUACGUGAUCGUGUUUGGCGUGACUCUGGGUCCGCUCGUGUGGGUCAUGACUGCUGAUAUGUUCCCGGACUCGAUCCAUGCAAAGGCGUCGUCCUUGUGCAUCGGCAUCAACUGGUUGUGCAACUUGAUUGUCGGCGUUUCAUACCCGUACGUCUCCGUUGCGCUGAAAAGGUAUGCAUACGUGCCUUUUGACUUCUUGCAAUCUUCUAUCUUCUGA